UCGCUCCUUGUUUCCUCUGUAUUUGAGGCUUCUCGGCGUGUUGACUGAAAUCUUCUCGUUGUUUCGGAUAUUACCUUCAGCAAAAUGAGCGAAGAAGUGUCAGAGGUCCCCAAAGAGCUUGUGGAGAGUGUGAGGGAUGCAGUGGGGAGGAAGGUGAAGCUGUCGCUGAGGAAGAGAGUCAAACUGGAGAUCAAAGGAGACAAGACGGAGAACAGAGUGCUGGCCCUCGCGUCUCACCGAGCCUACCUCUUGACGGCACGCAUUCCCGCCAAGGUGGAACACUCCUUUAAUUAUCUGGAGAUCCAGGGGAUUGCAUGUAACAAGCCUACACAGCUGUUCAUAGAGUACGAGCGCGGCUCCUUCUCUCUGAAGCUGCUCUCCACGGAGGAGGUCAACGAGGUGGUCGCUCACAUAGGAAACUGUCUGCUGAGGAUAUGUCCCGGUCUGCCACCGAGUAAAGUGAUGAAGAAGCUCUGCAUGGAGCCUCCAGACAGGCUGACCUCUCUGCAGGCUCUGUGGGAGAACAACAAGCCCGCUGAACCAGGACCCUGUGGUGGGUUUUCUCAGAUGUACAGAUGUGUUUGUGACUGGUUGGGGCUGCCUUACAAAGAAGAAGUGCAGUGGGAUGUGGACACCAUCUAUUUGACACAAGACACCAGAGAUCUCAACCUGCAGGACUUCAGCCAUCUGGAGAACAGAGAUCUGGUGGCUAUAAUAGCAGUCCUGGAGUUUAACCAGUGGUUCACCAAGCUCUCCACCAAGGACUACAAACUGUCUGCAGACGUGUGUGAGCAGAUUCUGCGGGUGGUGUCUCGCUCCAGUCGCCUGGAAGAGUUGGUUCUGGACAACGCAGGACUCAAAACUGAUUUUGCCCAGAAGCUAGCUGCUGCCCUGGCCCAUAACCCCAGCUCAGGACUCACCACCAUUAAUCUUGCCAACAACCCACUGGAGGACAGAGGUGUCUCCUCCCUGGGUGCUCAGUUUGCCAAACUUCGUAUGGGGCUCAAGCAUAUAAACUUCUCCAGAACCUCACUAUCGCCCAAAGGGGUGAACAGCCUGUGCCAGUCACUGAGUGCCAACCCGUCUAUCCCCAGCAGCCUGGUCCAUCUGGACCUCUCAGGGAAUGUCCUCCGAGGAGAUGACAUGCAGCAUUUCUACCACUUCCUGGGUCAACCCAACAGCCUGGCAACCCUUGACCUCUCCAACACUGACUGCUCAUUGGACCAGGUUUGCUCAGCUUUGCUGCGAGGCUCGGUCCAACACCUCUCUGUUCUUAACGUGUCAAAGAGUGUCUUCCCUCACAGGAAAGGCAAAGAGGUGCCUCCGUCAUUCAAGCACUUCUUCAGCAGUGCCAUGUCGCUCAGCUCCAUCAACGUGUCAGGAACCAAGCUGCCGCCAGAGGCCCUCAAAGCUCUCCUGCUUGGCCUGGCCAGUAAUCUCAAUCUGAAGGACGUGUCUCUAGACCUCAGCUGCUGUGAGUUGCGGUCAGGAGGCUCUCAGAUCCUGGAAGGUUGUAUUGCCGAGAUCCCAAACAUCUCCAGCUUGGACAUCUCAGACAACGGCCUAGACUCAGACCUGUCCACUCUGCUGGUGUGGUUAGCAAAGAACCGAUCCAUCAGACACCUCUCUCUGGGCAAGAACUUCAACAACAUCAAGUCCAAAAACCUUGCUCCAGUGUUGGACAGCCUGGUCCAUAUGAUUCAAGAGGAGGAGUCGCCCCUCACCUCUCUGUCUCUAGCAGACUCCAGACUAAAGAGCGAUCUGACCAUCGUGCUGAACGCGCUCGGCAGCAACUCCUCGCUCACCAGGUUAGACAUCAGCGGGAACGCCAUGGGGGACAUGGGAGCCAAGAUGCUGGCCAAGGCGCUGCAGAUCAACUCCAAGCUCAGGACUGUGAUCUGGGAUAAGAACAACACCAGCCCUCAGGGUCUUCAGGAUGUAGCAGCUGCCCUGGAGAAGAACUUCACCAUUCGUUUCAUGCCCAUCCCCAUCAUCGAUGCCUCCCAGGCUCUGAAGGCCAGCCCUGAGAAGACAGAGGAUGCUUUGCUAAAGAUUGAGAAUUAUCUGUACAGGAACCAUGAAACCAGGAAAUACCUGCAGGAACAGGCCUAUCGACUGCAGCAGGGCAUCGUCACCACAACCACACAACAGAUGAUUGACAGGAUCUGUGUGAAGGUGCAGGACCACCUGAACUCUCUGAGGAACUCAGAGACAGACGCCAUCUUGGAGGACGUCAGAGCAGCAGAGAGCCUCAUCAAAGAUGCCAGGAACUCUAAAACGCUGCUCCCUAAACUCUACCACCUAGGAUCAGCUGCCAGAGAGGAGGUGAACAGCUCGUCAGCAGGACCCAUCCAGGAGAAACUGGAGUCUAUGGCCGGGGAGGUGACGACUGUCAUGGACCAGCAACUGCAGACUCUGUUGGAGUCGAUGGUGGAUUCAGCAGAGUCUCUGUGCCCGCACGUGAUGAAGAGGAGUAAUCUUCGUCCAGAGCUAAUAAAAGCCAGCUCAACCAAGAUGAUUGUACCCAAAAGCUUUGUCACCAAAACCCUCCUGGAGCAGUCUGGAGUGGAUAUCAUCAACAAAAUCAGUGAGGUGAAGCUAAGUCUAGCGUCCUUCCUGUCUGAUCGCAUUGUUGAUGAAAUUCUGGAGGCUCUCUCCACUUCCCAACUCACUCUGGCCGACCAUCUGGUGCGGCGAGGCCGCCCCUUGUUGCAGCAAGAGUCGGUGGAUCUGGACGUCCCAGAGGAGAAGAUUCCUAAACGGGCGUCAACCGAGAUACUGGAGGCUGAGCGGCUGGAGGACCUGGAGACGUGCAUGAUGACUCCGAAAUCCAAGAGGAAGAGCAUCCACAGCAGAAUGCUUCGACCAGUGUCUCGUGCCUUUGAGAUGGAGUUUGACCUGGACAAGGCCCUGGAAGAUGUCCCUAUCCAUGUGGAGGACACUUCAUCUCGAACUCCACCAACUCCGUCUCAGGUCCUGCCAAAACUGGAGCAUCGUCAGCCGGGAGGGAUGGCGGAGCUGCCGUCUGAGGAGGAAAAAAAGCUGCAGCACUUCACUAAACUACGACCUCGCCGCAACAAGAAAACACAUUCCAGCAAAGUACCUCAAAUCAACAGCGCUCCAUCUCAGGAUGGGGAACAGAAUGGCCUCAUGGGAAGGGUGGAUGAGGGUGUGGACGAGUUCUUCUCUACAAAAGUCACCAAGAUGGAUUCAAAACGUUCCCUGAAGAGUUCAGAAUCUCAGGACGGAGAGAAGAAGAAGAGUAAAGGAGGAUUCCUCAACCUCAUCAAACGUUCCUCCAAAUCAGAUAAAACCGAUAAAUCGGACAAAUCAGAUAAGUCUGAGAAAAACCAGGCGACCUCUUCAGCUCCUUCUGCAGCCUCUGUAGCCUCAACUCCAGCUUCCACAAUCCCAGAGGAGCCCUCCUCACCAAAAGUGUCAGUAAAGAGCCCAGCACCGGAGGCAAAGUCCAGAGACGCCUCCAGCCGCUCGCAGCCCGCAGACUACAGCAGCAGCUCAGACCGCUCAGAGGAGCUGAGGACGCCAGACUCCAUAGACGAGCCUUGGGAGGGUUCGGACGGCAGGGGCAGUCCUCAGGGAGGCAGGCGGUACCCGGGGUUGCAGAUGAUGGGCAGCGGUCUCCUGGCAGAGAUGAAGGCCAAGCAGGAGAGGAGAGCACACAAGUCUUCCAGUCCUGACAGGCCUGACAGCAAUGCAACAGCCAGGCCCCAGCCCACCAUUUCAGAAAGCAGGUCUCCCAGUGGCUCCGUUAUUAAAUCAGACCCCGGUUCUCCGGAGAAGACCCCUCCUCGAGGUGAGACCAAGCCUGAACCGGCACCUCGUCUCAGGGCUACGUCCUCCUCGAGUUCCCCUGGGGGACCCGUGAGCCCCAAACCACCGGUGCCACAGGGGGCGAAGCCUGCACUGGCUGCCCGACCCACCAUCCCGCAAAAGCCGAGGACCAGCAGCAGCAGCAGGAGCAUAGAUGAGAGCUCAGAUCCCCCCAGCAGUGGCGGCGUGUCUCCUAAGAUCACAGCUCUUCCUCCCACGCUGAAGAGGAUUCUGUCGGAGAAAGACAAAGAGGGCCAGACCGGUCCACAGUCUGGAGGCUCUGCCAACAAAACUCAGGAUGCGAGGGCUGGGUCUGUGUCAGACUCUGUUCAGCGACUCAGCCCUCUCCGUACCAACUCUGAGGAUCACGGCUCCUUCAAGGCCAAGGACCAGUCUCCAAACCCGGACAAGGCAGCAGGCAAGAAGUCGUCAGACUCCGGGGAGGAGGCAGACAAAGACUUUAUUUUAAUAUGAGUGAGACAAAUGUUGAUAAGGCUCACGUGUUUUCCUUUCGGAAACCGAUAUAUUUACAUUGAUAUUUGAGGUUGUACCUGCAGGUCCUGCCUGACCGCACAGUACAAAUCAUGUUUGGUUCGCAGGAAGACCUGCUGUAUCAGGUAAUACACAGUCUCAAAUUCA